CGGACACUGAAAUAAAACCCACUGGACAUUAUGCCUUUGCCUCAGACUCCUGCAUUUGGGUCCUCCCCUCGCACCGAUGGCUCGUGACAGAAUUGCACGAUUCUACUGAACAUGGAACGAGGCCACGUCAUCUCCCCACCCCCACCCGAAGCCCCCUCAGAUUCAAGAGCCACAGCUUCGUCUUCAUAAAAAGGAGGGGAACUAUGAGACCGGGGGACUUCCCAGUAAGCGUCUGCUGCGUACCCAGAGUUCCCCCGUUAGUAACGCAAGCGCAUUCAUCGCAAGGAGACUUUUCAGCACGGGGGAACGCUCAGACCGUCACACUGGAUGAAACCGUCAGAAGGAAUUGGAUGCCGCAGGGGAUUCAACAAUAUCAUGAGGUCCAGCACGCCAGUAAGCAGAUCACAGCUGACAUGCAGUACAAGGGCAUCAUCGACUGUGUGGUGCGAAUCCCGAAGGAGCAAGGCUUCCUGUCCUUCUGGAGGGGCAACCUGGCCAACGUCAUCCGGUACUUCCCCACCCAGGCCCUCAACUUCGCCUUCAAAGACAAGUACAAGAAGAUCUUCCUGGGCGGCGUGGACCAGAAGACGCAGUUCUGGCGCUACUUCGCCGGCAACCUGGCGUCGGGCGGCGCGGCGGGCGCCACCUCGCUGUGCUUCGUCUACCCCCUGGACUUCGCCAGGACGCGGCUGGCCGCCGACAUCGGCAAGGGCGCGGCCGAGAGGGAGUUCACCGGCCUGGGGAACUGUAUCACCAAGAUCUUUAAGACGGACGGCCUCAGGGGGCUCUACCAGGGUUUCAACGUGUCCGUGCAGGGGAUCAUCAUCUACAGGGCCGCGUACUUCGGCUGCUUCGACACAGCCAAAGGAAUGCUCCCUGAUCCCAAGAACACACACAUUGUGGUGAGCUGGAUGAUCGCUCAGACGGUGACGGCGGCGGCCGGCCUAGUGUCGUACCCCUUCGACACCGUCAGACGUCGCAUGAUGAUGCAGUCCGGUCGCAAAGGAGCGGACAUCAUGUACAGCGGCACAAUCGAUUGCUGGAGGAAGAUCCUCAAGGACGAAGGCGGCAAAGCCUUCUUCAAGGGCGCCUGGUCCAACGUGAUCAGAGGAAUGGGCGGAGCUUUCGUGCUGGUGCUGUACGACGAGAUCAAGAAGUACACAUAGGGCGGCGGUCGUCGCCGUGGAAACCCUCCAAGGAUGCUCGCUAGUCUUAAGUCUGCGCCAUCCCCAAAAAGACACUCCGCAGCCACAAAAUUAGGUACACCCGCAGAAUGCAGUACGUUCAAUGGGACUGGAUUACGCCGGUGUACCUAAUGAAGUGGCCAAAGUCGACUCGGCAGCAAUUGUCAGAAUAAACAUUUGCUGUUUCUCAACAUUUGUUGCCAUGGAAACCUGCUGUCAAAUGAAUGCAGCCCAACUUACAUUUCAAAAUAGAGGUAAUUUAAUGAACACUUAAUGUUAACUGCACAGGGCUAGUAUGUUACAAUAUUUUACAUUACAAUUAGUUUACUUUUUGAAAUAUGACUUAUUUAACCAAUACAUAAUUCUUAUUCAACAAUUUUCAACAAGACUUUUUAAAAUUUGAGAAUUAUUGGGAUCUUUAUUUGGUGUCAAGUUAUUUAACUGCUGCCAAAGGAUUCAAAGAGGGACUAAUUCCACAUGCAUUGAAAUUUUCAUUUGAACCAAAUAUUUUUGUUUAAUGACUUUUUAAUGGCAAUUUUGUCAUUAACCUGCUACAGAUUAAAAACAAAAUGGCCCUUUAUUAAUUUAAUAAACAAGAUACCGCUAUACAUUUUUACGUCACUAUUUUGCACUGAUUGCUGCAACUGAAUGUCGAAUUUUCACGAAAGCAUUUUUCACAUAUUUAGAUUUUGCGUUGAAAAAAAACCCCUUUACGUUCAAAAUAAAUUUACCGCUCUUUUCCUUUGAAUUUCCCCCCAAAAGAAAUCAUUCCUUAUUUAAAAGUAAAUUAAAAAGUAGAUAUCCUUAAUUUGUCUGUUAUUAUUUUUUUAUGAUUUAAUUUUAAAUUGGCACUCAUAGGAGUUUUUCCACACAAACACCAAAUUAAUGUAAACUGCAA